AUCCAUUUGUUCAAGACGUACGAGCUUGUUAAGUUCUAGCUUUACUUGUUGUAGAAUAAGUACCAGAGAAAUGGAGCCGCAGGAAGGAAGGAAAGGGAUACCAUCUCUGCUGUCCUCGCAGGGGGAGUGCAUCGCCACCAACAUCACGCAGCUCAUUGGUUGGACACCACUGAUAGAACUGAGAAACAUCACUGAGAAAGACGGCAUAGGUGCUCGGCUUAUUGGGAAGAUUGAGCCGUACCAGCCCCUUUCCUCUGUGAAGGAUCGGAGUGCUCUCAGAUUGAUCGAAGAUGCAGAGGAGAAAGGCUUGAUCACACCUGGCAUCACAACGCUGCUGGGGGUCACGAGUGGUAAUCUCGGCAUCGGCGUGGCGUUCAUUGCUGCUCAGAAAGGAUACAAGUUCAUCGCCCUCAUGCCUGCUAAACUCUCGCUUGAUAAGCAGAUACUAAUGCGAUUCCUUGGCGUAGAAGUGGUAUUAGUUGGUAAGGACCUGAGGUACCAUGACCCUCAUAUCACGUGCCAGAUGGUAACAUCCUUGUCUCCUGCAGAUGCUGUACAGCAUGGAUUCAAAGCUUUACUCGAUAGGGUAGAACAGAUGAAGAAGGAUGUGGAAGAUGUGUAUGUUCUAGAUCAAUUCACCAACCCUGCAAAUCCCGAUGCCCACUUCAGAUGGACUGGACCUGAGAUAUGGAAAGAUACAGCAGGCAAAGUGGACAUAUUUAUAGCUGCUUCAGGUUCAGGCGGCACCAUCACAGGUGUGGGGAGGUAUCUCAAGACGAAGAACCCAUUUGUAAAAUUAAUAUGCGUUGAACCAGCUGAAAGUCCAGUGAUUUCAGGUGGCGAGCCAGCCUUCCACAACAUCCUAGGAAUAGGGCCAGGUUUUGUCCCAGAAAUACUGGAUAGAUCCCAGAUAGAUGAAAUUGUAACAGUAACUACUCAAGAAGCUAUGGACAUGGCUAGAAGGUUGGCAAGGGAAGAAGGGUUGCUUGUUGGCAUAUCUUCAGGCGCAAAUGCAGCCGCCUGCUUAAAGGAGGAGAACAGGGGAAAGAUGAUUGUGACAAUGUUUUCCAGUGGUGCAGAGAGGUAUCUGAAUUCAGAGCUCUUUGCGCAGGUGAAGGAAGAGUGCGUCAACAUCAACAUGACCUUCUGAUGUUCAGGUCGAGGCAAUGACAGCUUAGGGAUGAUCCAGAAGGGUAGUCUUAUCAUAAUACCAGAUACUGUUUAAUAAUUAAGAGAUGAAAGAAAACACGCUAGUGUCAUAAGUACAAACCAUAUGGUUGCAGGUUACAGAGGAUAGCGGUAUAAUACUAUGGUUGAGGAAUCACCUCAAACACACUAUGGUUGAUCCAUCAUGAGCCCUCAUUUGUACUAGCCUUACGCUUGUAUGAAGGAUGACAUGGUGAUAUAGACCAACCCAUUGCAUUCC